GAAGAGCAGUUCCUCUUUCUCACGGGCUUCUAUACUACACCCUCAAGACACAAAGGGGAAGCCACCCUGGACGGACAGAAGAGAUACUUUGUGUCCAUCCAUUUGUCAAGGAGAACAACUGUCUGUAAACUUGUAGCAAAUGGAAGACACCACCACAGCCUCUCUCACAUCCUUGCUGUUUCUUGGACUGAGUCUGGGCCUCAGGAACCCAGUGCUGGCAGGGGACUUCUUUAAACCUAUGCUCAGUGUAGUGCCGAGAAGCGUGGUAACCACUGGGGACCAGGUGAUAUUCUUCUGUGAAGGGCCCUUAGAGGCCAAGGAAUACAUGCUCUAUAAAGAAGGAAGGCCAGAUUACCUGAUAACCCUUCUAGAAACUGGGAACAAGGCCAAGUUCCAAAUCUCAUCUGUUCAAUGGAAGGAUGCAGGCAGAUAUUGGUGCAACUAUAAAGUCACCGAUGGCAGAUCAGUAGACAGUGACUUCCUGGAGCUGGUGGUGACAGGAGUUUACUCCGGCAAAUUGAAACUGUCAGUCCUUUCCAGCCCUGUGAUAUACCCAAGAGCCAAUGUGUCCCUUGAAUGUGUGUCACAACAGGCAUAUAGCUGGUUCAUUAUAACGAAGGAAGAUGAGAAGUUCUCCAGACCUAUGACCUCACAGGGUAUAUAUCCUGAUCUGUUUGGUGCCCAGUUCACAGUGGGACCUAUAACUCCCAACCAGACGUGGAGGUUCAUGUGCUAUGGCUUUUAUUGGAGCAGCUCCCAGCUGUGGUCAGUGCCCAGUAACCACCUAGAGCUCCUGGUCUCAGCCUCAGCCCCAGAGACCCAGAAUGAUUACACAGUGGAGAAUACCAUCAGGAUGGGCAUGGCCGGCUUGGUACUUGUGGCCCUUGGAAUACUGGUGUUUGAGUCCUGUCACGGAUGUAGACAAGUUCAACAAGGAAAUGGAAAGGGAAUGGGAGAUACACCAAUGCAGCCUAUGCAGUGUCAUUCAUUGCCUGGACAAUAAAUAUGAGGACUCUGAGUGGUUUCAUAGAAAAAGGUAGUACUCAUCUUGGAGAACUACUGUAGAAAGCAUGCUAGGAAUACAUAUAAAUUGAGUGCAAGGGAAAUAUCUGUCUGCUGGAGUGGAGAACUCUUUCCAAUGCAAUUGAAGUUAUUCCAUUACACCUUGCUGUGGACAUUUGCUGAGUAACUCUUUAUUUCUCCCCGCCUAAUGAUGUGGGAGGACAUCAUGUACCAUCAACCAGGGUUGGGCCCUCAUCUUUGUACAUAUUCUGCUCUGAUUUAUUUUCAUGUAACCUUUCCUAUUAUUUUAAAUUACUAUGUUCCAACCUACAUUAUGAAUUUCCAUUUCUGUUCUACUGAGAACAAGCUACUUGGCUCAAUUACAAUAAAUAUCAGCUGAAACAAGAAUCCAGAACUUAAAUAAGUAACUUAA